CGAUAACUCCGUCAGCUGCAGACCCUGUGUUGCUCCUCUGGUGUGAACUUGACCAAGGACGAAGAGGUGUUGCAGGACAUCCCUCUCAGGUCACUGUAAAGACGGCUGCUGUACAUCAUCACUGCAUCACGUCUUCUAAGGUCUUAUCGUUUGAAAGCUCUCGUGUCAUCAAGGUCGUUCUCGCCUGAGAGUGCCAGAUUCUGCCGGUUGGUAACGCCAGAAUCGACAGCGGCCGUCUCGGUUUCAGGGAUCGGGUUGAGCCGGCCCAGAUUUCCCGGGCUCCUCGGUGCCAGAUAAGUUGACACGGACGGACGCGGGCCGCUGCACACACUCUGCCGCCGUCAUUCAAGACGCGGACCAAGAGUUUGUCAGCAGUAAUGGAAGGAGGAACACAACACUGUGGCAUGGAGCCGGGCCGUGUUACCUAACAACAUCUGGCCUGGUGUUGCUUAAUUUGAAGAGUUGCCAGACGUAAAUAAGCAAAGUCGAAAUCAGGAAGCUCCUGAAAAUAUCAGCAUGACUCAAGAUUUGUUUUUCUUAGCAAGGAACCAGUAUAAAUAUUUCCACGAGCCAAUUUUUCUCUUAAUAUCUGUUGAAGAUUAUUUAUAAUUUCAAUUUUUUUUAUGAGCGAUAUUGUUGUUUAUUUCCUGAACUCACAAUGUUACAGUAAUUAAAGAAUGAUUACAAAUGAGAUUAAUAUAAUUUCAAUCAGUCACUGGCACAGCUCAGAUGUAGCUGGAAAGAAAUGACCAUAAAAUUGAAAAUCUAACAGCUUGUGGAAAACGGGACGGUUGUUUUACAGUCAGGCAACUGUGGUUUGGAUUCAGAUGUUGAUUGUUAACUUUUUUUAACUAUAUAAUAAUAAUAGAAUAACUUAACUAUUAUUCAUAGAUUUUCUAGACCCAACAGUAGCAAAAUGCUGUUGCCUCCAAAACCUCUAGGACAUUUAAGGUCUGAACAUGAUCGACAGGUGGGCUGUAAAUUUAAAAUGCAGAGACGCUUUAGUUCAGAAUCUGUUCAGUGCGUUGUUUUAGAUAUUUAGUUGUUUUCACGGAUAACGUGUGCAGGUAUGUGUUAACACAAAUAAACAAGAAAAAGAAAUGUUUGUUCUUAAAUUGAUUCGUUUCGUCAUGUUGCCUCCCACUGACCCAGCGUCUGAUCUGUAAGUAAAUUCCACUGCUUGACUGAACCCGACACUCAGCAGAGGAAGAUGUUGUAAAAGGCUGUUCAGAACAGGAAAGAUAACAUGACAAACAUCUAUGCAUCAUUGUGAGGCAGGAAACGGCGGCCUCGGCUCGCAGGUUACCAGACACCUCCCGGCGCAACAGCCAGGAACACAUCAAAUAUUUACCUCAGACCAUCAGAAGGAGUGGCACCAACUCCCAGAGAGGUCGGAGGGAGAAGGCGCUGGAAUGCGACCGUGCACCGACUGGCUGUGGGUUCGGAGGCAGAGGUCCAGUCUGGUGGCUCAUCUGGACCCCAUCAGGUUGCAUGUCCCCGGGCAGGUCGACUGGCAUCCCUUCGCCAGGCCUGCUCCUUUAUUAAAGCCUCGGCCUCCUCUGACCCAGCACACACAGAGCGGGCCCCAGGGAACGCAGGCAGAGACACACACAUGGUUCCCAUAGGAGAGAAUCUGUCGUCAGUGCAUCCCUGUCCAGAGGAAAUAACUGUGUGAGAUAAGACGCCAGGACCAGAGCUGGGACCGCACUGCCGCUCGGCUGUAAACCCUCCACACACAUUAAAGCAGCCACUAAAACUCAUGAGGGAAGGAAAGCGGGAAACAGGACAGAGCCCGACAUUAAAGACUGGAGGAGCAGAUAAGAGCGGCCAGCAGCAAGUCUUGUUUAUUACUCUGAAGUGUUGCCAAUAAGUCCACUGCGUGUUUGCUGCUGCUUAAUGAUGCUUUAAUGAGGAGAAGUCGCUGAGAGGAGUGCGUUGGGUGCAUUGUUGUCUGCUCUGCUUUGACAUUGUCCGUCCUGUGCUCCGUGAGGAGAGUCUCGCUGGCUGACGGCCACUCAGACACCUGAGUCAGAGGACGUUGGUCUGGGAGUGAAACCGGAGAGCCUCGUCCAGAGAUGACGCUGCGAUAAAGUGCCUCCAGGGAACGAGAGAGGCCGCAGCGAGCUGGACGUGAUACGGCAGCGGCCGGACUAGAACCCGCAACCGGAACCGAAUGCGAUUUUUAUCUGACGCGUUAGAGGAGGACGAACACGUGUCGCCUUAAUGAGUAACACGACGAUGUGAAGUGUAUGAAUGAUAUCAGCUCGUCUGCUUUCUCUAGAUUAAAAUAUAGAUGCCACCACAUCUGGUGGAGAUUUUAAGAGGGUGAUGUCAUCCGGACAGUUAUGAGCAACAGGAUCACACAAUCUGAACAGAAACAGACUAUAUUAUCUGUUUCUAUUUGAAUAAGGGAAAACACUUUGAAUAUUGUUUACACACGUGAAAACUGGGUGGAAAUCUGUGAAGGUUCCUCCAGUUUCUGAUUCUGUAGAACAUUCAUCAGUUCAGUUUGUAGUCAGAUCCAUAGAUUGUCCAACAGCUACUGCCACCUCCACCCCCAGUAACACACGCACGCACGCACGCACGCACGCACGCAAAGCAGUACUCGCUCCCAUAUGUGAGAGAGGAAGUUGAGUAAAGGGAGGGAUCAAAUAACUAACAGCCGCACACAACACACACACACAACACUGCUUUAAGUUAUCACCAUUCAGGUGAGGAGAUCACACACACACACACACACACACACACACACACACACACACACACACACACACACACACACACACACACACACACACACACACACACACAGCAAGCGAGGGAGGCAAACAAUUCAAAUUCAGUCCCGAGACAGAAACACCUCCCACACCGUUACCUCAAUGUUGUAUAAAGGUGGAGUCAUUUGGGGAUAGAGAGCGAGAGAGAGGGAGAGAGAGAGAGGGAGAGAGAGAGAGGGAGGGGCAGAGAUGAGGACAGUGCAAGAGGAGAACAGAAGAACACACAUGGAUUAUCUGACAUGCGCCCGGAUUGACCAGCGUUCCGCUCUAAGACGUGUUCUCUGUUUUUGCUCUGGAGUGAGAUCUGCAGAAGCCCUGGUGCACAUCUGGAGCGUGGCAGCUGCUGCACAGGCACGUUGUCUGCUUGACCUUUUUGGAUUUUACUGAACACACCUGGACAUCAGUGAACAUUAUACUUCUACAUUUUGCUUUUUUUUUUCUCGCAUUGUGCAACUGUCUGGAAAUUCAGGGGUCACACUGGAGCAGCCAAGAAUCACAGCUCACUUCACAAACAAUUUAAAACGAAUUAGCAACGAGCAAUAAAGUGGAAAACAGGUUUGUGGAUUACAAACACAUUGGAAUUUUUGUAUUUUUAUUUAUGUAACCUUUGUCCAUUCAGACUGAUUUAUUUUCCAAAACAGACUUGAGCUGAUUAUCAGCUUUUCAACAGCGGAGAGGAGAGCGGAGCUGAACGCAGACACACAGCGACUCGAGCCGUCACAGCUUAAUCAAAAAGACUCACAAAGGAAAUGUAAACAGGCAGUAAUCAAAAUCAUUUAGAUGCAGCAGCCCCUGUUUGCCCAGGCUGCGGAGAGCUCCCCUUCCUGCCCUCCCAACUUAUCCUUGCCCCCAGCAGCAUGUCCCAGGCUCUGAGGCUGCCUCCAGUCCUCCACACAGCACUCUACCAUGAGCAGAUGGGCUGCUGGAGGGAGUAGGGCUGCCGCCGCCUCCGCCUCUGCCCCGUCCUGCUCCGGGGCCGGGAUCGGCGCGGGUUCCGGCUCCAGGGGCGGCUCCGGGCUCCGCUCGGCGCCGCCGCCCUCCCCUCUGACCCGGCCGCUCCUGCUGGCCCUGGUUCUGCUCUGCCUCUCUCUGCCCGGGGCGGCGUGCCAUCAGCGCGGCCGGGACAGAGUGAAACAUGCCGCCCUCACCUCUUCUGACGCCCAGCUCGUCUCCAGGCCCAGAGCCACAGGGGGUCCUCCGGGUCGGACCGGGGUCCCACAGGGCAGGCACGUGCGGAGCUACAAUCAUCUGCAGGGGGAUAUAAGGAGGAGGAAGCUGUUCUCCUUCCAGAAGUUUUUCCUGAGGAUUGACGAGAACGGAGCAGUCAAUGGAACCAAGAGCAAGGACGACCCGCUCAGUAUUCUGGAAAUCACAUCAGUGGACGUGGGAGUGGUGGCCAUCAAAGGGCUGAACAGCAACUACUAUCUGGCCAUCAGCAGGAAGGGAGAGCUGUACGGAGCGAGGGAGUUCGGCGUCGACUGCACCCUGAAGGAGCGGAUCGAGGAGAACGGCUACAACACGUACGCGUCGGCCGAGUGGAAGAACAGGAAGCGGCAGAUGUUCGUGGGCCUGAACGUGCACGGGCGGCCGCUGAAGGGCAAGAAGACGCGCAGGAAGAACACGGCCACGCACUUCCUGCCCAUCGUCGUGUGAACGGGUGACGCCCGCUGGAGAAGGACCAUGCGCAGCACUGGACAGAGGGAAAGCUGUAAAAGCGAGACUUUGCUGAAGAAUUUCUCCUUUGGAAACAAAGCACUAACACUGUUACACACCGACGUGGCCUCUGCUGUUGACUUUGACUGAGACCGUGUUGUUUGCUGUUUGGGCAGAGGUGGUUCUGCGUCUGUGGCACACGAUGCGAAACGCCUCCUAGUUUCUGUGCCAAACUGUUUUCAGCUGGAAUAACACAGAAGAUACGGGCCCAGAUGAAGUGUUGUAGAUGCAGGAGAAGAAGUUGAUCAAAUCCAUAUUUAGGCACGAAGGAGGUUGUUAAAAAAAUGACAACAGCAAGAUGAGGGAAGUAAUUAACGUCUAUCAUGACAGCAUUAAAUAAUAGAGGAUACCACAUUUAAAGCAAGUGUUUGAUACUUAACCACUGUGUUUCGACUUUAUUCUAAUGACUUAUUUAUUUUGUGAAAUAUUUAACUUUCAGGGGAACGUACAAAGCAAGCAUUCCUUCGCAUUCUCUGCCUUUUAUAGGAACUACAGUAUGCGAAAAUAAAAUAUUAAAAUGAUCCUUCCCUC